AUUAAGAUCAUGUAAAAUAUGGAUAUAGAAUUUGAAUAAUCUCCCGUGUUAAAUAAUGGAGAAGAGAAGAAAAAAACAAAUUAUGUUCAUAUACCAGUUUAUGAUGUUAAACCGAUUUAGAAUUACCCAAAUUCAGCUCAAUAAGUAGAAUCAGAUGAUUAAGGAGUUUAAAUAGAUGAACGAUGGUAUGCUAAGAAUGAAAAUUAUAAGCCAUUAACAGCAGAUGAAAGACCUGGUUUUAUACGGAAAGUAUUAACUCAUUUCAUAUAUAUAAUAAGGUUUAUAGUAUUAUGAUACUUCAAUUAAUAUUGACAGUAGUAGCAUGUUGUUUAUCUUAUUUUUGGAUACCAUAUCGAGAUUUUCAAAACGAAUAUUCAGGUUUGGUUUAUUUGGCAAUAGCAAUAGCAAUAAUAAUUGAAAUGAUAUUAUUGUGGAUACCAAAAUAUUCAUGGAGAGUUCCUCAUAAUUAUAUAUUUCUAUUGGUUUUUACAUUUGCUGAAAGUUACAUCAUUUCACAAAUUUGUAGUUAUGUUUUCAACAAAUAUAGUGAUGAAGGAGGUAUACUGAAUUCUAAAUUAGGAUUCAUUGUUUUAAUGGCUGCUGCCCUUACUUUAGCUGCUGUGAUAGGUCUAACUGUAUAUGCAUGCAAAACUAAAAAAGAUUUUACUACUAAAGGUAUAUAAUCAACAAAACUUUAUUUUAAGGAGCUUUCCUAUUUAUGGCAAGUACUUCUCUAUUUCUUUUCGCUAUAUUGUCUGGUGUCUAUUAUGAUUAAGCCAUGAGUUUACUAUAUUCAUUGAUUACCAGUCUAUUAUUUGGAGUUUAUUUAAUCUAUGACACUUAAUUGAUUAUUGGAGGAAGUGUAAUCCAUUUAUUUCAUGUAGACCCAUAAAUUAUCUAUUGAUGACUAUAUCAUUGGAGCUAUGUUCAUUUACAUAGAUAUUAUCUAUCUGUUUGCUCAUAUAGUGUUAAUUAUAGUUGCAUGUUUCAGAUGAAAAAUUAGAA